AUGGGAGAAUGUAAUGUCACCUUGAGCAAAACAGGCAUGGAAACAUCCAAACUAGCCUUAGUUUUCCAUCUUUAUAUUCUUCUUCUCUCUUUAGUUCCACUGAACAUUGAAUCGUCUGCAGAAGCAAGUGCUCUUAUAAGGUGGAAGGAAACCUUAUUAUCUCAUGAUUUUCUCAAUUCAUGGAACAUUGACAAUCAUUGGAAUGUCUGUAGAUGGAAUGGAAUUGUCUGCAACACUAAGGGUUCAAUUUCUGAGAUAGCAAUAUACGAUGGAAACCUCAGUGGCACGCUAGACCAUCUCAAUUUUUCUUCGUUUCCAAAUCUUCAAAUGCUUCAACUUAAUAAUAAUAAUUUCACCGGGUUUGUACCAUCUACAAUAAGCAGUCUCUCCAAGCUUAUUUACUUGGACUUGAGCCACAAUUUCUUCGACGGCAUCAUUCCAAUGGAGAUUGGAAAUUUGACAGAGCUUCAACAUAUUUAUUUGGCAAGGAACUUCUUCUUUGGUUCCAUCCCUGAUAUUUUCAGUUUGAUGCCCAAACUACAAAUCCUUGAUUUAUCUAACAAUUCAUUUCAAGGAAAGAUCCCGCCUUCUUUAGGCCAACUUAGGAAUCUUCGGCAGCUAAAUCUCAGCAUAAAUAGCUUGAAUUCUAUAAUUCCUUCUGAGAUUGGUCUAUGUACAAAUCUUAAUGACUUGAAUUUAGAUAGUAAUUUACUUUUCGGGACCCUACCUCUGUCGUUGACCAAUCUGACAAAUCUCAAGGCUCUUUCUCUGUACAACAAUACAUUUUCAGGCUCCAUUCCACCGGGGAUAGGAAGCUUGCAAAAUUUGGUGAGCCUACACCUCAAUCUUACUGGAACAAUUCCAUCUGAGAUUGAGGAUUUGAAAUCACUGAAAUCCCUCAGUCUCGGUAGGAACCAACUGAGUGGGAAAUUGCCUAAAGCCAUCUCUAAUGUUAGUCCUAUCCCCUCAUCGCUUGGAAAUUUGACUUCGCUGGAAUCAUUGGACCUUUGUGCAAACCAACUGACAGGAGAGAUUCCUUGGCAGCUGACAUGGUUGACGUCCUUAUCCGUCUUUAACCUUUUGUACAAUCAUCUUGUUGGGCCAAUACCUGUGCAAGGGCAACUUCUUACAUUUGAUAACAGUUCAUAUAUCGGCAACUCAGAAUUAUGUGGACUACCAUUGACGAAGAAAUGUAUAAAUGGCGAAGAGGUGCAGCCAAAGCUUCCAAUGCUGCCAGAAGAAGACGAUUCCAGUAUUUUGGAUGGACUCACCUGGCAAGUCGUCCUCUUGGGUUAUGGAUGUGGAAUUCUAUUCGGUCUAGUUGCAGGACAUUUGAUCUUUAAAUAUGAAAAGCCAAGAUGGUUUGUAGAAUUUGUGUAUGGAGUUCUAUAUGAAAUAAGGAGAAUCAUAAGACGUAAGAAGAUUGUUCCAGAUAACAGGGUGAAGAAAUAA